AGGCGGAGACUACAACAAACGUUUCCACCCACCUUCUCCAUGCUUGACUUUCAAUUCUUGCUUCGCGCUGUUUCAGAUCAGCCAACCCCAACUCUCUCUCUCUCCCUCUCUCUCUCUCAACUCGUCACCGUGCGCGCCUUUGAUCUCCUUUUCUGAAACUCGGUUUUCGUCUGAGUUCUCCUAUUAGUUUGGCUCUCUUGUGAAGAACAAUGAUGAGUACGGGGCUCUUGGAGAUUCGACCUUAUGAACUCAAGUUCACAUUUGAGUUGAAGAAACAAAGUUCCUGCUCAGUUGAACUUGUCAAUAAGUCUGCUCAGUAUGUUGCAUUCAAGGUGAAAACUACAUCUCCAAAGAAGUAUUGUGUAAGACCCAACAUUGGCAUUAUUAAGCCGAAGUCAAGAUGCGAUUUUACAGUUACUAUGCAAGCUCAACGGUCUGCUCCAUCUGAUUUGCAGUGCAAAGAUAAAUUUCUGAUUCAAAGCACAGUUGUUUCCUAUGGGACAACUGAAGAAGAUAUUACAUCUACCAUGUUUUCAAAAGAUAGCGGUAAUUGCAUUGAAGAGAGCAAGCUAAGAGUGGUCCUCGUUAGCCCGCCCAAUUCUCCUGUACUGCUACCUAUUAAUGGAAUGUCAAAACAAGAUCCAUCCUAUGAAGCUUCAACACAAAGAGAUAAAGUGCUGAGUGGAGUUGAAAACUUUCCGCCACCACAAAUGGUGGCUAUGGAUGUGGAGGGGUUUAACAGUGCUGAGGGUAUGGAGGACUCGGAAGCAGUUAAAAAUGUGGAGCUGAGACCAGCCAAAGAAGUGGACAUGAAACCAGACAAGGAUGUAGAGGGGUUGAAAUUAAAGGGAUUCAGCAGUUCUGAGGGUAUGGAGGAAUUGGGAACAGUUAAGAAUGUGGUGCUGAGACCAGCUAAAGACAUGGAUGGGAAACCAGACAUGGAUGGGAAACCAGACAAGGAUGUAGAGGAGUUGAAAUUGAAGUUAGCAGAAGAUAUUAAGGAGUUGAAUUCAAAACUAAGUGCAAUGGAAUCAAAGCUAAGUGAGGCUGAACUUACCAUAACAAAGCUAACAGUGGAAAAAAGCUCAGCCAUUCAGCAGAGGAAAACAGUUGAGCAAGAACUAGCAGUGUUGAGGAGGAAGACUGAUGUAAGAAUAGUUCAGGCGGGUUUCCCUUUUCUGUUUGUUUGUAUGGUCGCACUAAUUGGCCUCGCAGUUGGAUAUCUUUCACACCCUUAAGCCCGCGAGACAUGAGGCACAAUACAAGUCGGUAACUGCGUGAAAAUUUGGAAGUUAUGAUUUCUGUAUCCUCCUUUCGGGUCAGAUGCAGGAGGAUCCCAUAUUAUGUUUAUUACUGCAGCUUUGUACCAGAAUUGUUGAUGCGCCAAGUAGAUCCAACGAGGGAAAAAAAAAAAAUAGAGCAUGUAAAGAUGACUAUUUUGAUUUUCCUUGAAGAAAGAAGAGAAAUCGUGUAAUGUGGCUCCAACCCUGCUGCAUAGGAACCAUUACAAAUUGUAUUGGCAGCGGGUCCAUGUUGAAUGGAAUUAUUGGAUAGUAACCUUAGGAACUUGUAAAAUUAGAUGUGCAUUUAGAUUUUGUUUGGAUUAAGGAUUUUGUUUAAGACAAAAAUUAAUAAAGAAAUUUAUUGUCUA